AAGAUGCAUUGGACCCUGGAGCAUGCCGAGAGGCCGGAGGAGUACCUUGACAUCUCAUUUACAACGUCUGCUCCAGCACACAAAACGGAAGAUCACAGACCACACCACCAUUAUGUGUGGGCGAAUAAUGACAUUUCUGCACCGACUGCCUCUAAUCUGCUCAAGAAGUUUGCGGAAAAGUACUCUGGGCUUGUGAACUCUUCAUAUGAGAGGCCUGAGCUAAAUAUUUAUGCAGAUGGGUCUUUUGGGCCAGUUAAUGAACAAAAGAAUGAAAACGAUACCUGGCAUAUGUCACUUAAUGUCGAUGAUACAUAUUCUGUAAGUUCAUUGCACGAUGGCCUUUCUGGCAGGAAAGUGGGAGCUAAUUCCACCCUCCCACCAGGCAGCGGCACUGUAGGGAUAGGAGGGUCCUCUGUGGGAACCAAUAGCCACUCUGAAACUCGCUAUCCACGUAACACAUGUGGUCCCACCACUCUGCCAAGUAUUCAAUCUAACCUUCAAUCUCAGGAAUACUCAUCAGGUUACAAUGGAGCUUACUUACCCUCCGGUUACUGCAGCCAAACUACAUCGGAUGUUCCUUCUUCUUAUACGUCACCUCUAAAUAGCUCAAGCCUUUUACCACAAGCUCAUCCCACACCUACUAUAGCCCCAUCUUAUAGUUCAACUCUGGCUGGAGUAAGCCCACUGUACAGCUACCCUUCCAACAGUUACCCUUGCCAAUCAAGCAUUGGCCCUGGUUAUGCUGGAGUGCAUCUUCCAUCUUCAUAUUUACCUUCUGGUAUCCCAGCUCCUAUCCCUCUUCCUCCCUCAUCCCGACCUUCCAUAGUCUCUGGUUACGAUUACCAAAACCACAACAUGACCUCAAGCUCAGUAUCGCCUGCCAACAAUGUCUCGAGCAGUUCUUUGAAGAGAAGGGCUUCAACUGCAAAGGAGGAUGAGGGGACCAGUAGAUACAGAAGAUACAGUUAUGGACAGCAAAGGACUACUUCAGGUUCUUAUCAGUUACCAGUCGAUGUCGUUCCUGAUGAUGGUAAGGGUAACGACUUCAACAGGCAUGAUGAGACACUGCCUGGGGAAUUUAAGAGAAAACAACAUAUUGUGGAUGACCUUAUUGGCAAAUACAGUGGCCAGGAACAGAAAGGAAUGAUGCCUCCACCAUACAGUAGUGAGGAACAUCCACUACAAUCACCAUCAACUGAGGCAUUUGUGAAGUUCGCCCCUGCAUUAAUAAAUGCAGAAGGGGAAGAUGAUCAUGGCCGCAUACUUAGUCACCCAAUGCAGCUCCAGAGAGUUGAGACAGCUACUGCAAGCAACCAAUUGGAGGAGCAAUUGAAGAGCCUGGAUUCUCAACUUCUAAACCUUGUAACUAAUGAGAUUGUUGACUGUGGCCCUCCAGUACAAUGGGGUGACAUUGCUGGACUGGACACCGCAAAAGCAGUUAUUGAAGAACAAGUGUUGUGGCCCUUAAUGAGGCCUGGGGCUUACAGUGGUGGAAAUGGGCCACCCAAAAGCAUUUUGUUAUUUGGACCUCGUGGUGGACGCAAAACAAUGCUCACAAGAUGGAUUGCCACUCAUCUUGGAGCAACAUUCCUAAAGGUCAGCGGGUCAUCCUUCAUCUCCAAAUGGAAAGGGGAUGGAGAGAUGAUCUUGCAGGCUAUGUUUCUCAUAGCUCGGUCACGUCAACCAUCUGUUAUCUUUAUAAAUGAACUCGAUGCCGUACUUUCUAACACAGCAGGUGAAGGGAGUAUUCAUCUAAACUCUAUUAAAGCCAAAUUACUGUCUCAUGUAGAAGGUGUGGUGAACUCAAGCAGUGACCAUAUUAUUGUCAUUGGGGGUACUAGACAUCCAGAUGAUAUUGAGGAGACCAUACACAGGUACUUUGCAAAGCGACUUUAUAUCUCUCCACCUGACAGCAUUGCAAGACGUCAGAUUUUAAUCUAUAGCUUGUCCCAGCAAGACCAUUGCCUCAGUGAUGGGGAAAUUGGCUCAAUUGUGCAGCAUACAGAGGGGUAUUCAGGGAAUGAUCUCAUGCAGCUCUGUCAACUAGCAGCAUUAGGGCAAGGGCAAGGUCUGUCAGUGCAGUUACAGCCCACCACCUACAAGGACUUCGAGAGUGCCCUUUGCAAAGUUCAGCCCAGUGUUUCGCAAAAGGAGCUGAAAUUGUACACAGAAUGGAGCAAGUUAUUUGGAACUUGCGUCUGA